AUGGCGUGCAGCCACCGUGACACCGGCUACCGCAGCCUGGGGGUCGACGAGGACGAGGAAGAACUGCAUAAUGCGGAGCCUACCUUGACCUCGGAGACUAACCGGAGGAGAGGAGGAGGUUACGCUGUCCGAACUGAGCCCGGAGAAGCAGCAGCAGCAGACUACUUUGAUGCGGUCGGUCCCAACUUCUUGGACGAAAACCGUGAGGGCGGCGGCGGUCUUGAGCCCCCGCAGCAGCAGGAGGAGCUGGCCCCCCCGGCCGCUGAGGGGCCACAGAUCGUACCGAGAAACCUGCGCCGCAACCGUACGGUGUUCACCAUCUUGCAGCUGCGGGAGCUGGAGAGAACUUUCCAGCGCACUCGUUACCCCGACGUGUUCGCGCGAGAGGCGAUUGCAAGACGCUUGAAUUUGCCUGAAGCCAUAGUGCAGGUUUGGUUUCAGAACAGAAGGGCCAAGUGGAGAAGACAACAGAGGGCACUGAUGUUCAGAAAUCUGAUCCCCAUUGCCUUGCGCCCCCAUGUGGGGAUAAUCUUGAAUGGGCCCUAUCAGGCAGUCCCUGUUAUAAGGCCUGCAUGGAGAUGUGUUCCUGCAGUGCCACUUGCACCACCUGUGCUACCCGGGCCACCACCUCUGCCACCCAGGCUGCCACUCGGGCCACCACCUCUGCCACCCAGGCUGCCACCCGGGCCACCACCUCUGCCACCCGGGCCACCACCUCUGCCACCCGGGCCACCACCUCUGCCACCCCGGCCACCACUUCUGCCACCCGGGCCACCACCUCUGCCACCCGGGCCACCACCUCUGCCACCCGGGCCACCACCUCUGCCACCCAUGCCACCCGGGAUGCCUUUGCCACCCCUACCACCUGUGCCUCCCUUUGCUGUGGCCCCUGUAGGUAUUGCAUGGGGCCCUGUCAUCAAUGGUCAUUUCACAGGUCCCAUUUUCUGA